AUGUUUGACUGUCGUCGAUUUCUGGUUUUUCUCAUCUGUAGCUUUUCCCUUGUCUGGCAAACAUCCUCAUCGAGUCCCGACGACAUCCACAGCCUUCCAGCCUGUGCUCAAUCGACAUGUGCCAAUUACAUCCUCACUUGUUAUGAAGGCGGUCAAGGAACCUUUGAAGAGUGCGUCAAUUCGACACAAACACAAGUUUAUUACUGCGUCGGACAACUGUGUCCAUGUGAGGAUGUCGGAGCGGUGGAAGCCUGGGUUUACGCGUAUGGGACGAAUGAGCUGAUUACCACCCUGUGGCCGUGGCCGCCGUCAAUGACAUCCUGCGUCUCUACAUCAAAGAUCACACUUAUCGGUUCUCCUCUAAGCACGGGCAUCGUUCAAUCAAAUUCGAGCUCUGUGAGUCCUGAACCAUCGAUUCCCCCGCCUCAGCGGACAACUGCGACCACUAUUUCUCAGUCGCAAAGUCCCUCCAUUCAGACAACCUCUGUAUCCAUGACCGCCAGCAGAACGCCAAUCUCAGAAACCACAUCCUCCAUAUCCUCCACCUCCUCCUCCUCCACCACCACCACAACGUCGACAACAAGCCCACCUUCCUCUACCGCGCCACCGUCGGGCUCUGGUUCGGGUAUUUCGGCCAAUGCCAAGAUCGGAAUAGGUGUAGGAGCUGGGCUUGGAGGAGCUGGGUUGCUGACACUCGCUACGGCGUUUUCCAUCUGGCAGUACAAAAGAAAAGACAUGCCAACCAAAGGAGGUCCACAUCCAGGACAGCAACAGCCCAGUCCCAUGCAGAACGGGUUCGACCAGGCCGAAUUAUCAGUUAAUGAGGCGUUACACCACACAUCACCGGCGUUCUCUGAAUUGGAAGGCAGUCCAGUACACCGGCAUUUCAUGCAGAGUGAUCCCAAUGCCACGACAACCCAUCGAGAUCACCGGGAACGAAGUGAGCUGCAGAGCACUUCAACUGUGUCCGAACUCGACUCUUCCAGGCAGCCAAGAGGUGAUGGGUAACAGCGUGGCGUCUUCCGUUGGUGCGUACCUGGAGACCAUACUUCAGCAUUCAUAGGUGACUUUGAAUGGG